AUGGAGGUGGACGUGGAGAUGAAUGAUGCAGGCAACCUCUCAGAGGCUGAUUCCCUAGCAUCUACUGUCCCAAGUGAACAAGGCUCAGAAUAUGAAGUGGAAGAGAUUCUUGCGGAACGUGUAUCAAAGCGGACCGGCAAGAAGAAGUUUCUGCUGAAAUGGGCCAAUUACCCCAUAUAUCGAGCAACAUGGGAGCCAGCAGAGAUGUUCCUAGAGAUGGAGGAAGCCAUGCUCAAGUGGAAUGAGAAAACCCGAAAGGUCAGAGCAGGCGCCGAUCAACCGUUUGACGUCGAUGCUUGGAAGAAGUCUCUCAAGGACCGUGAGCGUGAGACCCAAAGACGCAAGGAAGCUCGUCGCCAGAAACGGGCAGAAAGGGCCGCUCAGAAGAAUAAGAAGCCACCUUCCCGGGAUUCAUCGUCAGACAUUCCCCUAAUGCAGGCAUCUCCCCAGUCAUCACCAGAUGUGCCCUUGGCCCGGGUCAGCGCACAUCGGGGUGCCUCGCUCGCCUCUGACAUAUCUUCUCUCUUUGUCUCGACAGAUGAUCCAGCGCCAAGCAUUCCCACAUCUCAUGCAACGCCGACUACAAAUCAGUCUCUCCAAGUCCCUUCUUCGAGUCCUGUACGGGCCACGUUAAAUCCUCCGGAUUCGUCUCAAUCGAAUGUAUCAGAGAACCCGGAGAAGCUUUUACCACAGCCGCCCAAGGCCGCUACUGGUAUUACAUCGGAUAAAUCUCAACCUAUUCCCCAUCCCCGAGUCUCCGAAUCUGCCAAACCGUCCCAGCCCUCUGAACAUACUUUCGAGACCUCCAAGACUGCAUCUUCGAAGCAAGAUAAAGUCUCCCAGGGUACCGGCCAGACAUCAGCAACUAGGACGAAGCCACCACAGAAAUCUCGACGAUCACUUCCCUCACAGCCGGCUUUAGGGCCCCUGUACACUGCGUUUGCAUCCAGCAAAAAAGAUCGAGAACCCGACAUUAGCCAACUGGAUCUUCGCAGGCCCUCUGAAUUUCCUGCUAGGACAGCUGCUGGGGUGCCUGUGCCUUUUGCGAAAAUGACGACUUCGGAUACAUUUCUACGAAGCUCCCAAAGUGGGACUAAACCUAUUCCAACCUCGUCUGUGUCCCAGGUAGCUUCGUCAGGGUCAUCUCGAAGGGGUUCGCCUGAGACCAUGGGCCCUCCUAGUCGACCACGUGCACCGUCUCCUCGUGGUUUCUCUAUGCUCAACGGAGGUGACUGCUACAGACCAGGGGAAUCCUCCAGAUCAGGGGACUACGACUCCUACAGACCAGGAGAUUCUCUUGACCGUGACAAUCCUCCCCCUCGGCGCCCUGACCGUGGACGAUCGCUAGGGUCCCGCCGGAGAUCUCCCGGGGCUCGCUCGAGAUCCCCUAACCAACGGUAUAGAUCUCCAGACCGACGUCGGUCGCCAGCAUCACGUCAGAGGUCUCCCUAUCGGUCAGCCGACCCUCACCGGCCAAAGAACUCUUCACCUUUCGUUACCGUGACACGUCCGAAGUCUCUAACGCAAACACCCGUCACCCCGACCACGAGGCCAUCUCCUUACGAUACCGUCACUAAUACACGGGAUAACACCGGCUCUGCGAAUGAUCCCGUUUCCACGAAUGACACCGAUGCCCCAGCUAUAGCGGCUAGACCUCCGAGUCCACCUAAAGCUCAAAUGUCUGCAAAGGAGCAAAUCGAGCGUAUGCCGAUAGGUGAACCCGGGCUUGGCUCUAUGAAAUUCAAAGGCACCCCCUAUUUCGUGAAUAAGGUGGAAGUCCUAGCGCACAUUUAUUUCGGGGCUGAAAAGCAGCUUAUUGGGGCUGUACGGCUGUGUGGUUUAUCGCCAGAAGUGAAGCAGGACCUUUUAGCAGCUAAGGGGGGACGAUCCGGUAGAUUCGAGAUGUGGUUCGAGCAUUUGUGCACGCCCGACCAGUAUGCAACUCUUUGUCGAGAAGAGGCGGAUCACGGGGGCUCCAAUAGAGUCAUACGCACUUGUUGGUUGGAGGGUUUUGCUGAUACUAACCCCUACGUAUUUCAUAUGUCGGAAGGUCUCUACUGGGAAAACAAGAUUGGUAUCUAUUACCCUCCUGGAAACAAAGGCUUUGUGUGGCUAGCCUAUUCCCCUAAGUCUCCGGACUUCGCCCACCUUACACAACCCUACCCCGAGAUCAACCCUUGGGUCCCUAUCCGCCUUGCCGUGCGAACACCCUUGGCACCCAUUGAUGCCCUACAUAAACAGCAGACGGGACCACAACAUCAACAACAGACAGGACCACAAGUUCAAUCUACAGCGAUGGCCAUGGUGCCAUAUGACCCGUCAAACACGUCGAUAAUAGGGGCAUCUGGCUCACUUGAUGACGUCGUUAGACGCCUGGCACACGCAUCUGGCCUAAGCAAUUCACAUACAACUGGUCAUGUCAAUUCAAACACGCCUGUUCAACCGCAAGGAUCGUAUGGUUCUUCCACGCAGAGCCCUAUGGAACAAUCACCGGAACAAUACCCGCUCCCUAGUCUGGCCGCGCACUCCCUAGCAGACCCUCGCCUCGGGCGUCAAUUAUCCAAAGCAACAAGUACACGGCAGCCUAACGAUCAACUUGUCAGUAUGGAAGGGCUAUCUGAUUCCAUGGAUACGAGGCCAGAUAAUACAGUGCCUAACACGGCUCUCAUAACGGCUGCUCACAAUACCUCUAUUCAACCACUCUCGGAUCCCCAACCACCCUCGGAUCAUCAAUCACUCUCUGAUCCUAAUUUAAUGCUAGGCAAGUUCUUCGAAUGCAACCUCAAAAUGCGUUUCAAAGAUCUCGCUUGUGUGAAUGGGAAACAGGGUGGGCCUCAGGCAGAUGUGUUCUACCUACAUACCCCUGAAAGCGUGGAGGACCAAAACGACUGCACCCUCGUCAAGGCGUGGCUCGAGCUGAAUGGGGCCAUGGUUUGGUCUGAUUGGGCCAAGUUUAUCAAAAACAGCAAAUGCGGCGUAAUUCUGUUUCACGAGUCCUUCGGAAAAUACGAGGCCCUGCAGCCUAAGAUUCGGGAUAUUCUAGGAAACGCCUUGAUGGGCUUUUGGACCUUUCGGAUUUCGAGGCCUCUUGACUACCCUGACGAACGGUACUGCCAAAAAGGGGUCUAUUUUCAGCGUAUCUUUGCCAGGGGUGGCGCUUAUCUCCUGACCGAGGAUGUUAUUCACACCCUGAAGGAAACGGUCGCCAUACUGUAUUGGUUCUACGGCAUUCAGAGAAGCAAUUUGGGCCAGUGGAAAUUGGUCUGUUGGCCAAGCCUAAUGGAACGGCUUGAGGAAAAGCAUGAUGAUCCUACUCUCUCCAAGGAGGAGCAGAAGCUGCUCGGCGUGGUUAUCCUUCUAAUCAGAAAAUGCAACUCCAUCGAUCCCCAACAGCCGCGCUUCAAACCCGAUAGUCUCGAUCCCGCGAACCUUGACGGGCCGAACAAUAAUGUCUUUUCUCUCAAAGUUGCAGGCUACGGACAGCGCUCCACGACCCCCGGGCAUCUCACACAGGAUGAGCGCAACGCUAAUCAUCUCGCCGAAUCCUUUGCUGGCUGGACGAUCGAGAACGCCGCCCGCCUUCGGAGGUCAUACAUAAUCUCCAGCUGCAAGAACGAAGCCCUGCUCAAGCGAUGGGCUUCCUGGGGCCACGUUCUUGUUUUCAGUGUGGAGGCCUUCAUCGAAAAGUACAAAAUCAACGUCGACAAUUCGCUGGAGAAGAUAGAGAAAAAGCUAAGCAAAUCAAGCAAACCAUCUCAACCGGGCGAAUCGAAUGGCCAAUCGAGGGGCCAAUUGAGUGACCAGCCUCACAAUGACAUGUCCUCGCCGAUCCAAACCCCCCUGACCCCCCUAACCGCGGGGGCCGGCGGCGUCCCGACCCCGAGAGACGCUAAUGGAGGAGAUGUCUCGAGUCGUCCGAGGCCCAGUGAAUGGAGACCGCCGCAGCCACAGGAGUCCCACCGGUACGGAGCGCCGUAUCGUUGA